AUGUCUAACACACACUUAUGGAAACGAAUAUGCUUUCAUUCCUUAUUUUUAAUUUCGUUCACAUUCCCGUUGAUUAAUAGUGGUGAUAUAAAACAGUUGACAUUUUGUGAACAGAAAUCAUCUCGUAGCUUAUUAUUUGUAAGUACAUUAGAUGGAAGGAUAUCUGCUUUAGAUGUUAAUCUUGGAAGAAAGCAAUGGACAUUGGAAUUUAAUGAAGGACCAAUGUUAUCAUCAAAUAUUCAUCAUAGAGAACUUAAUAAUAAUGGCAAAUGGGUUCGCCUAAUUCCAUCUUUAAAUGGUAGAUUAUAUCAAUUUGAUGAAGAAAAUUUAGAAGCAGUGCCAAUAUCUGCAAGCCAAUUAUUGCAUUCAUCUUUUCGUUAUUCCAAUAAUUUAGUAUUCUCUGGUGGUAGAGAAGUAAAAUCAUAUGGUAUUUCAAGUAUAACAGGAGAAAUUUUAUAUGAAUGUGGAAUUAAUAAUUGUGUUAAUAUUACAAAUGGAGAAGCAUAUAUUGAACAAGAAGUGCUUAUUGUUCAGAGAUUUCAACAAACUGUAAGAGCAGUUGAACCACUUACUGGUAUUGAGAGAUGGAACUUUAGUGUUGGUCAGCAUGACCUAGUACUGGUCUCUCAUUCUAAUAUUUAUUGUCAAAAUAAAGUAACCCCUCAUAUUCUAGAUAUUGAGAUUAAAGUUAUUGUACCUGAUGGUCUGAUUUGGGCUAUUAAUAGAAACAAUCCUACAGUAAAAUUAUGGCAAUAUAAGUUUGAUUCCCCAAUUGUUACUAUAUGGCGCGAAGAUUCAAGUACAAAAAACAAUGAACAUAAAAAUUUGAAGGAAAUUAAUUUAUUUGAUAGUACACAAUGGUCUUGGGGUACAGAAUUUUCAGUCAGUCCAGCUAUUUAUUUAGGUAUGCAUGAUAGGCAGUUAUAUGUACAAGAAAAUACAGAUGUUUAUAAAUCAUUAGACACAUCACCAGUACGCAUGCAGCAUUCAAAAUAUCCAUGGCAACCUUAUCCUGCUAUUGAUAAUGCAAUCAGCAAAUCUGUUUUAAAUUAUCCGAAAAACAAUAAUAAGAAUGAUGAUAUCUUGCUUGAAAUAAGUGAUAUACAAAGUACCACUGCAUUAUCAGUUUUAUAUAAUUCGGAAUAUGUAAAUGGAAAUGGAUUCUAUCUAUACUCAACAGAUCAAUUAGAAUUAGAUAAUAAUAAACAAUGUAACCGUACCGAGCCAAAUUUAAUGUUUAUUAAAGCAGGACAGAAAUCAUUUGGAGCAAAUAAUACUCAAGAAGAAAAUGAAGAUACUCCUGUUCAAGUUAUAAUUGUAUCAUUAUGGUAUUGGUGGAAGGAAGUUCUGAUAAUUUCAAUUACUACUGCAAUUCUACUUAAUUUCAUUUUAACACAACGUCUGUUGAAUACUAAAACAAUCACUGGAGAUGCAAUAUUUUCGCCUUUGAUAAUUGAAAGACAUAUAGAGAAAAGUACAAAUAAUCAUUUGCCUAAUAAUGAAAAAGAGAUUGACAAUUUUAAAUCACGUUAUCUCACAGAUUUUGAACCAGUGGAUUGUUUAGGAAAGGGUGGUUAUGGUAUAGUUUUUGAGGCAAAAAAUAAAAUAGAUGACUGUAAUUAUGCUAUUAAAAGGAUUGCUCUACCAAACAGCACAUAUUCAAGAGAACGAGUAAUGCGAGAAGUGAAGGCAUUAGCUAAAUUAGAUCAUCAAAAUAUUGUAAGGUACUUUAAUGCAUGGCUCGAAUGUCCACCUGCUAAAUGGCAAGAAAAGCAAGAUUUGCAAUGGAUAAAUAAACUGAUGUCUCCAAAUUCAGAUUUUACUUCAGAAGUAACUUGUUCAGAAACAAAAAUGAAUGAUUCUGUUUAUAUUAAUGUUAAUCAGUCUGAUCAAUCAUCAAUAGAUAGUGCUUGCGAGAUUUAUGAAUUGAAACAUGAUGUGGACGAAGAUUCCUUUGUUGUGUUUGAGAAACCGCAUUCACUGAGUCAGAAUGAAAAUAUUAUUAAUAUCAGUAAUUCUAAUAUUGAAAAUUCUAAUUCAUCUCAGUCAAGUAGGGAAAUGGAAAAGAUAUUACCCAGAACUAAAGGCUGCACACAAUCUGAAAGUAUUGUGUUUAAAGACACUGAUAGUAAAAUGUCAAAAAAAAAUGAGAAAAGAAAACGACAAAAAUCGUUUUCAUUAGAUCUAAAUAAUACAAGUACACAGAAAUCUCCAAAAAUGUUUCUUUAUAUUCAAAUGCAAUUGUGCCAAAGGCUAAGUCUCAGAGAAUGGUUAAAAAAUCAAUCAGUGAGAGAUUACCGUCGUGUAUUAAAUAUAUUUCAGCAAAUAGUUGAAGCUGUGGAAUAUGUUCACUUACAGGGACUUAUUCAUCGUGAUUUGAAGCCUUCAAAUAUAUUCUUUUCUUUUGAUGAUAAAAUAAAAGUUGGAGAUUUUGGUCUUGUAACUGCAAUGACAGAAGAUUAUAAUGAAGCGCAUACUCCUUCCUCAAAAAAUGAAGAUGUUAGCCUCAAAAACAGUUUACAUACCGCAUAUGUCGGUACUCACCUUUAUAUGUCUCCUGAACAAAUAAAUGGUCAGGGCUAUAAUUAUAAAGUUGAUAUUUAUUCUUUAGGAAUUAUUUUAUUUGAAUUACUCAUUCCAUUUGUUACUGAAAUGGAAAGGAUAGUUGCUCUUAUUAAUUUAAGAAAGUCAGUAUUUCCAAAAGAUUUCAGCAACGAUUAUCCGGCCGAGUAUGAUUUAUUGAACAUGAUGUUAGAUGAAAAUCCUAACAAAAGACCUACAACACUAGGUAUUAAAGCAAAUCCACCAUUAUCGAAUUAUGAAAUAGCUAAUGGACUUGGUAUAAAUGAAAAUACAAAAUGGCAUUUUGAUUUACCACAAUUAACACGACAUUCUUCUGUGAUUAGCAAUAGUAGUAGUGAAUCCUGA